CUCUAGCUGAGAAAGGUUAUCUCAAUUGAGUCGAUUGAUUUGUCAAUUUCUGGAGGAGAAACAGCACCAAGAUGCCACCGAAAAAAGCACCCGCACCGAGCAAGAAGACGGAGAUGAAGAAGAAGGAAAAGGUUAUCGAGGAUAAAACAUUCGGUCUGAAGAAUAAAAAAGGCGCCAAACAGCAGAAGUUCAUUCAGCAAGUGGAAAAACAGGUGAAACCCGGUGCUCCACGUAAGGGAGACGAUCCUCUUGCUAAGAAACUUGAGAAGGAGAAAAAGCUCCAGGAAGCUAAGGAGCUGGCGCUGCUUUUCAAACCCGUCCAGUCCCAAAAAGUUGAAAAAGGUACUGAUCCGAAAUCAGUGGUGUGCGUUUUAUUCAAACGAGGCCAGUGUACCAAAGGUGACAAGUGCAAAUUUUCCCACGAUCUGACGAUCGAACGAAAAGCUGAGAAACGUUCUCUCUAUUGUGAUAUGCGAAAUGACGAUAAGGAAACUGAUACCAUGGACAAAUGGGAUGAGGAGAAGUUAGCUGCAGUCGUAGAGAAGAAACAUGGAAGUGGUGGAAAUCGACCUACAACUGAUAUCAUUUGCAAGCACUUCUUAGCAGCUGUAGAACAAUCCAAAUACGGUUGGUUCUGGGAAUGUCCCUCAGGUCAGAAAUGCAUAUACCGUCAUGCCCUCCCCCCUGGUUUUGUUCUGAAGAAAGACAAAAAACUAGCGGACAAGAAGGAUGAGAUAUCUCUGGAGGAUUUGAUUGAGAAAGAAAGAGCUAAUCUGGGCUCUAACCAGACGAGAAUAACCCUGGAAACGUUUUUAGCCUGGAAAAAACGAAAACUGACCGAGAAGAAGGAGAAGGCGAUCAAGGACGAGGAGAAAAAGAGGAGUGACUACAAAGCUGGACGACAGGUCGGGAUAUCCGGACGUGAGAUGUUCUCGUUCAAUCCUGAACUGGCAGUCGGCGAUGGAAUCGAAGAUGGAGACGAGGCCAUUGACAAUUAUCAGUUCCAUGAGGACGAUGAGGAGGGGGAGAAGAUUGAGUAUCGAGAGCUGGAUAUGGAGAGACUGGCUAUGGAAGCGAGUGAAUUGGAUAUCACGGGAAUUACUAUUGCUCAGGAGGACAGGCUCAAGGGAUCCAAUGUGGCUGAAGUGAAUGGAGAUGCUGCUGUCACUGUGGUAGGAGAAGGUGCAGCAGCUCUGGCAAUAAACGAGAACCUCUUCACGGAGGACGACCUUGAGGGUUUAGAGGAAGAGCUGGGGGACCUGGACAUGGAGGAGUGAUCCAGACCUCCCAUUAACUAAUCUCCUCCCAAUUGAGCCCCAUUACAUGCAGCCAGAUAAUCUACUGCCCAAAUACUCCCAAUUGUGAUUUGACAUCACGAUAAUCUCCAUCUCCAUAAUUCAAUGAAUGAAAACCCUUUUCAAUGAAAUUAUAUCUCUUCUCGUUCUGUUCGAAAGUAAGAAUCAAUGAUUGAUUUUCAUGUCAAAUUUUCAACUCUAAUAUUUCAAUUGAAGUGAAAAGUUUGUAAAUUAAUUAUUGUUCCAGUAUCUUCGUUCAGUCACAUUUGAUGGGUAAAAAUAAACGAGAAAUAUUGAUUUUCA